AUGACUGUCAACUUAAUGAUAGGGUUUUCGGGGCAAAAAUUCACCUGGACAAAUAAAAGAAAACUUGACCCUAUUUUUGAAAGACUUGACAGGGCCCUUUAUAACUCAGAAUGGCUGACCAUGUAUCCUGAAUCAAACCUUUACCACCUCCCUAGACUUGGGUCGGAUCACUGCCCAAUUUUCCUAUCAACAAGUCCUAUCCAAAGAACUCCGUAUCCCAAUCAUUUCAAAUUUGAGCCAAUGUGGACCAUGGACCCCUCAUUUUCUCCCUUAAUUGGUAACGAAUGGGCAAAGUCGAGUGGUUCCUUCAUGGAACGCAUCCUGGACCUUCGGUUACCAAUAAAGGUUUGGGCAAAAAAUGUUUUUGGUAGUGUGCAUAGGAAAAUAAAUAUCCUCAUGGCUAGGUUGGAGGGGGUCCAGCGGAGUCUGUGUAAUCACCCUGCCUCAUCCUACCUCUUUGAACUGGAAUUUGUGCUAAAAAAUGAGUUGGAAAGAAUUUUUGUGCAAGAAGAGUCGUUUUGGCACAUUCGGUCAAGGGCAAAUUGGAUCAGUUAUGGGGACAAAAAUACUUCUUUCUUUCAAAAAUCGGUUUUAAAAAGGAGAGCCCGGAACAGAAUUGUCCAACUUCGGGAUGAAGUGGGGAAUACUGUUUCGGGAGAGGAAGAAAUUCAGAAACAUGUUGCUCUUUUUUUUGACAAAUUAUUCACCACUUCAAAGCAGGAAAUUCAAUGGGAUACGGGUGAUGGGUUGGCUGUUGGAAACCAGAGGGACCUUUAUGAUAUCUCAGGAAUUCCUUCUUUUUGUGAAAUAAAAGAGUCCAUGUUUAGCAUAGGAGAGUUCAAGUCCCCGGGCCCGGAUGGUUUCCAUUCUCAUUUCUAUAGGACCCAAUGGGAGCUUAUAAAGAGUGAUUUGUGUGGGUUUAUUGUGGAAAUUUUUAGGAAAAGGAGCAUUCCUCCGGAGUUAAACUCCACAAAUAUUGUGUUAAUCCCAAAAACGGACAACCCGGAGUCAAUUAAGAAUUUUAGGCCUAUAAGCCUUUGUAACACUCUGUAUAAGGUGGUGACAAAAAUCAUUGUGAAUAGGAUGAAACCUUUCCUAGGGAACCUUAUCUCCCCGAAUCAAAACGCUUUUAUUCCAAAUAGGGGGACGGACACAAACUUCAUAGUGGCCAUUGAGAUCCUCCAUUCCAUGAAUAACAAGAAGGGAAAAAAGGGUUGGUUUGCGUUUAAAAUAGAUCUUGAGAAAGCUUAUGAUAAACUUGAGUGGGAUUUUAUCCGAAAUUGUCUUUGUGGCCUAGGCUUUAGUAAGGACUCCAUUACCCUUAUCAUGAGCUGCAUAUGUACUACCAGGACGGCCGUGAUGAUAAAUGACUCAUCCACCAGGAUUGUGAGAAAAAAAAAAUGGACCCCUUUUGCCCUAGGAAGAAAUGCCUUAGCUAUAUCCCAUUUGCUCUUCGCGGAUGACCUUGUCCUCUUCGGGGAGGCAACCAGUAAGACCCUUAACACCAUGCCAUCCCUUCGUAUUACAUGCAGUGCUACUCCAUCCACAAGAGUAUUAUUUCUGAUAUCAAUUCCAUUGCUAGCAAUUUCCUUUGGCAAUCUGGCCCGCAAAAAAGAGGGGUCCAUCUCAUCUCUUGGGAGUUGGGACAAUGUCUGUAAGCCAAAGUGGAAGGGGGGUCUGGGUGUGCGAAACCUCUUUGCGAAAAACAAGCUCCUCAUUUCUAAGCUUUGUUGGAGGUUGGCCUCUUUCCCUUCAAACUUAGCAUCCCAAAUUAUCGUUAGAAAAUAUCUGUUUAGUAGACCGGCAGCUUUUGGGUUUAAUAAGGGAUCUUAUAUCUGGAGAGGGUUAAAGGACCCGUGGGAAUGUUACAAAAAUUCGUGCCAAUGGGUUGUGGGAAAUGGAUUUAGUAUUGAUCUGUGGAAUGAUAAGUGGGUGGGAGGGUCCCCUAUUAGAGAGCAAAUCCAUGGCCCUUUAUCCCUGGUAGAUGAAAGUUUGCAUGUUAAGGACCUUAUUAGAAAUGGUGAAUGGUUUUUCGAAAAGAUAAGCUUUAACAUCCCUCACUCCCUUGUGAAAGAAAUACAAUGCAUCCCAAUCCCCAUUAAUCCCCUUGAGGAUAAACCAAUUUCAAAAUACGUUGUGAAAGAUAAAUUUGUGUUGAAAUUGGCUUAUAAUGAUCUAAUUGCCCGACAUAGUGGGAAUAACUUUGAUUUUAGAGUGAUUUGGGAUUCCCCUACUCUCCCCAAGAUAAAAAAAAUUUUGUGGCAAGUCUGCCUGGACUCCCUUCCUUCAAAUUAUGCCUUAGCUAAAAGGGGAAUGGGGGUGUCUUCUUCGUGCCCUUUCUGCCCCCUUUCAGUUGAGGAUGCUGCCCAUAUUUUAAAAAAUUGUGUUAGGGCGAAGGAAGUUUGGGACCUUGUCAAUGAUUUCAAUAUCCAAUCAAAUUUAAAUUUUGAGUCUUGGUUAAUAAAAAACAUCCAAAAUCCAGCCCAAUGGAGAAAUGGGACUUGGUCCAUGGCUUUCCCCUUUACCUUAUGGUUUAUUUGGAAAAGAAGAAAUGCAUGGAUUUUUUCCAGGGAAAACAUGAAAGCAAAGGAGUGCUUGUAUAAGGCAUCCUUGGCUUUUCUGGAAUACUUGGCCCAUAACCCCCCACCCCCAACCGUUGCUAACCAAAGCUGCCACCCCUUGACAAACCCGAUCUGGAUACCACCCCAACCCCCAAAUUUUAAGAUGAACACAGAUGCUUCGUGGAAAACGGGUUCUCUUGUAGCAGGUCUGGCAGGUAUUACCCGAGACCAUAAAGGGCAAUGGAUUUUGGGCUUCAAAGGAAAAUGUUUGGCGGACUCAAGUUUUAUGUCGGAACUUAUGGCAAUCAGGAAAUGUCUGCAAAUAGCAUUACAGUUACAAUGGAGGAACCUCAUCCUCUCUUCGGAUUGCAAGGAAGCAGUGAGAUAG